AGAAGACAGACACCACCCACACACACUCAGACACACACUCACGCCACCAUGAGACCCAUCUUGUUGUCUGGUCACGAGCGCGCGCUCACUCAGGUGAAAUACUCGAAAGAAGGCGAUCUCAUUUUCUCCGUUUCCAAAGACCACGUCGUGUGCGGCUGGUACAGCACGAAUGGCGAGCGAUUCGGCGUAUACAAGGGCCAUCAGGGUGCCCUCUGGACUGUCGACGUCGACCCGACCACCACUCUCCUCGCUUCGGGAGGCGCAGACAACACGAUACGGCUGUGGGAAGUGCGGACGGGCAAACUGCUGAAGACGUGGGAAUUCGGAACCGCCAUCAAGCGCGUUGAGUUCAACGAGGACGGUACACAGCUGCUGGGCGUGACGGAGAAGCGCGCGGGACAACUAAGCUCGAUCCUGGUCUACGACAUCAACCAGGACCCAGCGGGCGAACAGGCCAAUGAAUACAGCAUGCGCAUCGUCGUGGACGACAUUCCCAAGGUCACAGUCGCCGGCUUCUCCUACAUGACCAAGUUCAUCAUCGCAGGACACGAAGACGGCAGCGUGACACAAUACGACGCAAAGGACGGUUCUGAGCUGAACCAUGUCUUCCCUCACGAGGAGAACUCGCCAGUCACAGAUUUGCAGUGGAGCUCGGAUCGCACCUACUUCAUCACGUCGUCAAAAGACAAAACCGCCAAGCUCAUCGAUGCGAAGACUCUAGAUGUGCUCAAGACAUAUGUCGCAGAUACGCCCCUCAACAGCGCCGCCAUGACACCCGAGCCCACCAACUAUGUCAUUCUGGGAGGUGGACAAGCAGCGAUGGACGUCACGACCACAUCCGCCCGACAAGGAAAGUUCGAAGCCCGUUUUUACCACAAGAUCUUCGAAGAGGAGGUGGGCAGAGUGAGAGGUCAUUUCGGUCCUCUGAACUAUGUUGCCGUCGACCCUUCCGGCAAGUCAUACUGCAGUGGUGGUGAGGACGGAUACGUUCGAGUACACCACUUCGACCCACCUUUCUUCGACUUCAAGUUUGAAGUGGAGCGAGAGCUGGAGCGAGAAGGGAGGAUGUAAAGGAAGCGCAUGUUCAUGAGCGACGAAAGCUAGAUGAAGGCGAAGGAUGGCAUAGCAAGGCGUUGUGGCGUAAGGUACGUCCGGUCGAUCGACCGACAUGAGGUCUGUGAAGUGCAUCAAAGCGCUCGGAAACUAGACUCUUUGACGCCGAAAAGGUAGCCUAUUCGAAUGACACCAGCUCGCGGCUGUUUUGCAGCACUCCUCGCUCGUACGUGUAUCCUUGUGAGCACCGGCCUCACCACGAUCCAGGAACCUGCACGGCUUUGCUUUUGUCGAAAUUUAGUGGACUGGGGGGGGUGAACGGAGAUACUGCCUACUACCUUAGGCUGGAAUACGAUUCCCUCUCGGAUGAGAAUGGAUGCAUCUGAAUAUCGAAAAGUCGGCAAGGGACAAUAUUCUUUGAUACACUUCUACAUUGUCACAGCAAAGACGCCAAGAUAUCUGUCUUCGAGAGGUGUAUGCGGGGUUGCAGAUUCCACACGUCUAUCUCCCACUUCUGCUCACCACCUGCACACUUAUACAUAUUUCCUCAUAUAGCUAGCCUAGCUGGACAGAAAGCAAUGAAAGAAGAAGAAGGAGAAGAAGGAGAACCACGACUACAUCAUCCUCCCAAAUGGGUUCUCGUCACCAACGUCACCCCCGGCAGCUUAGCAGAAGCCUUCACACAAUCAUUCCGCACCCGCGGUUUCAAUGUCAUUGCCACAUCUCCCACGUUGCAUAAAUCUUUUGAACAUGUCAUACCCACUACAAUCGGCGGGCACGAAGGAUUUCUGAUUCGCGUUCAUCUGGAUCCCACACGUCCCGGAUCCCUCACUUCGGCUGUGGAAUUAGUGGCCGAAUUGACGAAUCAUCAUCUCUCUUUUCUCAUCAACACCACCUCUCCUUCUCCUUCGCCUUUGCCUUCUGCUGCUGAAAAUGAAAACGGAAAUGAACAUAAAACCGAAAGUGGACGUAAUAGAUACAAUAGAAAAAACAUCACCAGCCCACUCCUCGACCUCUCCAUUCCCCACGCCAAACAUUUUUACGACACACACAUCUGGAGUCCCCUCGCCAUCACCCAAGCCUUCUUCCCACUUCUCCACUCCACAGGAGGCGUCGUGGUGAAUUUUAGCAGUAUUGCUGGACUUGCAGGUUACAGUCGACCGUUUCAAGGGGUUUCAUCGAGCUCUCAUGCGGCAAUGGCCAAGUGGAAUGAUAUUAUGAGAAUGGAAUUCGAGCCUUUGGGGGUGAGAGUUGUUGGGGUGGUUGUGAGAGGGGGAACGAGGAGGAAAAAGAGGGAGAGGGAGAAGGAGGAGGGAGAAGAGGGCGAACUUGCGGAGGAAGAAGAAGUAGAGAUGACGAGAGAGCCUGGAAAUGGAAUCCAAAACGGCGUCUUACAUCUCCCCGAAAAAAGUCUCUAUCUCCCUCUCAGGGAGCACAUCGAGAGAUCUUUGAAUAACGAUGAAGAAGAAGAAGACGAUGAUGAUAAAAAUAUAAAUAACAACAACCACCACCACAAAGAACUCGCAGAACAGACCAUCGAAGCACUUCUACAACCUGCUGACAAACCCCCUACGAUUCUGCACAUGGGAUAUAUAGUAACUUUCAUCUGGUUGAUACACUGGCUAUUCCCGAUGUGGCUUCUCGAUAUGAUACAUCGGAGUGGAAGUGGACUGGAGAAGUUAAGGACGAGGACGAUGAAGGGGUUGAAGAAUAUGGAUGAAGAUGAUGAUGAUGAUAAGAAAGAGAAUUAG